GCCAUAUUGCAAAAAAUUGCGAAAUGCGCUUCAUUCGUUAGAGACAUCUUGAGCAGUGAGCAUAAAAAGUGAUUUUUCUCCAUUUUCUUGGUACAAAAAGCAGUGAAAAACUACGGAAAAAUGCAGCAAAAUGAUGGAUAUGUGCACGCAUGGACGGAUGGUUCAUGCCCGGGAAAUGGCUUGAAUGCCACCAGGGGCGGAAGGGGAGUCUAUUUCAAGGACAACACCUCUUGGAAUAUCUCCGAGCGCGUUGAUGGUCCCACAACGAAUAGCAGCAUGGAGAUUCAGGCAGCUCGUCGUGCGUGCGAGAUAGCCAGGAGCCAUGGUGUGCGUAGGCUCAAGAUUCACACGGAUUCGGAGUUCCUGGUCAACAGUGUCAAUGAUUUGAUGCAUACCUGGAAGCAGAAUGGAUGGAGGAAGACCGAUGGGAGCAGCGUGGUCAACAAGGAUGACUUCCAGGCUCUCGAUCGCGCAAUGUCCGGCAUGGAUGUGAAAUUUGAACACGUCCGGGGACAUGCUGGGAACUAUGAGAACACUCAGGCGGACCUACUGGCUCGCAAGGCUGCAGGAAUAUAAUUUUCCUCAUCUCCGCUUAAUCUCCAAUGUCGUCGACACAUUCCAACUUUAAGGAAUUCCAGUUUUCCUUAUUUUUUUCUUUAAUAUUUUUUUGUUUAUUUAUUUUUUAUUUCUUUGCCUCCAACUAAAAUUGAAUUCAAAAGAUUUUUAUAUCUUUUACAAAGGCAAGAAAUUUUUGUAAUUGAAUUAACUUUUUUCUUUUUUGUAAAAGUAAACAGAAUUUGAAAUAAAGACGAUUCAUUUGGAGAUUAUCAA